AUGUCUUCUAACAAGAUUUUGUUGACGAGUUCCGAUGGCGAGUCUUUCGAGAUCGACGAAGCGGUGGCGCGUAAGUUUCUGAUCAUAGUGCACAUGAUGGAGGAUAACUGCGCCGGUGAAGCAAUUCCGCUUGAAAAUGUCACCGGGGAUAUCCUCUCCAAGAUAAUCGAGUACGCGAAGAUGCACGUCAAUGAACCUAGUGAAGAAGACGAAGACGAGGAGGCGAAGAAGAAUCUAGACUCGUGGGACGCUAAGUUCAUGGAAAAGCUAGAUCUGGAGACCAUCUUCAAAAUCAUUCUCGCUGCCAACUACCUAAACUUCGAAGGACUUCUCGGUUUCGCUAGCCAGACGGUUGCUGAUUACAUCAAGGACAAAACACCAGAGGAAGUACGAGAGAUUUUCAACAUCGAGAACGAUUUCACGCCUGAAGAAGAGGAAGAGAUUCGCAAGGAGAAUGCUUGGACUUUUAAUGAGUAA